CACUUCACUCCCUUUGGCAAUGGGCACAAAUUACUUUUUUCGGUUCGAACAAUUUUAGCUCAAGCCUUUGGCUUUCACCACCCGUUUGCGGUGCUUCCUCGGGAAAAGUGGUGGUUUUCCAAUCAGCAAAUGCAUUCAGUUUGAGCAGCCAGCUGGCGCAAAGUGGGCGGAGGGCUCGGGGCAGGGGGCGUGGCCAUAUGUGGGCGCUAACUGCCUUCUUGAAACAAUUGGGUGCUAAUAAUCCCCGGUUAAUCUGAAUAAGUGUGUGUUGCUGGAGGCAUUGAAGCAAGGAUUCUGGAGGAAAGACCCAUCACGCAUCCUUCGGCAUCCAUCGAUAUAAAAGCCGCUGAGGAGCACCAAGGGUUCAGACGCAGCUGUGAUUCCAACGCGAAAGGAACCCAUCCAGAUUUCCGAGAGUCCUGUGCACAGGACAAUCCUCAGCAGAAACAUGUUGCGCCUCCUGCUGCUGCCGCUCUUCCUCUUCACGCUGUCCAUGGCCUGCAUGGGCCAGACGUUUCAGUAUUCCCGGGGCUGGACGAAUGGCAAGAGAUCCUUCAACUCGCCAUCUCCACUGCUGGCCAACGGGCACUUCCAUCGGGAUCGGGGAAGCGAGCUGGGCUUCACGGAUCUGUACGACAUUCAGGACUGGAGCAGCGAACGCAAAUUGGAGCGAUGUCUGACGCAACUUCAACGUUCAAUGAUUGGUCGAAACUGUGCCCCGGGAUCGGACUUCAAUACCAACCGAGGAGAUGCGGAUACUGAGAGCAACACCCAUCCCAGACUCUCCAAUAUUAAUAACGAAAAUGUGUUGUACUCCAAUGCCAAUAUCCCGACUAGACAUCGCCAGACGAAUGAGCUGCUCGAGGAGCUGACUGCCGCUGGUGGAGCUUCUGCUGAGCCGAAUGUAUUUGGAAAACAUUAGCUUUUAUCUCUACAGACGAUUCAAUAUGAAUGUUAUUUAACUAGCAAAAAAUGCUACAAAAAUGUAAAAAAAAUAGUUGUUAUCGUUAAAUAAAUCUGAGGCUUUUUACCCAUAA